AUGCGGUUGCUCAACGUAUCAACACGGAAACUUGAGGAGUUUCAGGGCCCGCGGCCACGGUACGCGAUCCUAUCACAUACCUGGGGCAAAGAGGAGGUAACCUUUGAGGACCUCAAGACCAGCGACUAUACCGAGAAGCUAGGGUACAAGAAGAUCGAUGGGUGCUGCAAGCAGGCUCAAAAAGCUCGGAUCGAAUACGUCUGGAUCGAUACUUGUUGUAUCAAUAAGUCAAGCAGUGCGGAACUAUCUGAAGCAAUCAACUCCAUGUUUGAGUGGUAUGCAAGAUCGCGGGUCUGCUAUAUAUACCUGAGCGAUGUGCCGCCUGCAAGCCUUGAUGAGCACAAAAAGCCCGGCUCUCUGUUUCGGUCGAGUCGAUGGUUCACAAGAGGAUGGACCCUGCAAGAGUUGCUCGCACCAAAGAAUCGAAUGUUGUUUGAUUCAAGCUGGCAGCAAGUCAAAAUACUGAGUGAAAUCACCGAUAUCCGCAUCGAGUGUCUUCAAACUAUAGCCAAUCGAUCUCGGCGGCUCCGCACGCCACUGCACGAGUUCUCAGUCUCGGAGCGGAUGUCUUGGGCGUCUCGAAGGAAAACAACAAGAGAAGAGGAUGUGGCAUAUUGUCUACUCGGAAUUUUUGGUGUAAACAUGCCUCUACUCUAUGGUGAAGGAAAGCGUGCGUUUCAUCGUUUGCAAGAGGAGAUCAUACGCAUGACCCCGGAUGAGACGAUACUCUGUUGG